GCAAAUGAUCGGUCGGUAAAUUAGCAUUACAGUCUCGCAUCUUUGAAGAAAGAAAAAAAGGAAAAAACAAAAAAAAACACGACCUAUGAUAAAAACGACCUUUGAUAUUUCUAAAUUUUUUUCUUCAAGUGAUACAGAGAACACAGUGAAUCCUUGUUUACAUUCAAUAACCAACAAGGAUGAAGGGAUACACUUGUUCUCUGUGCUUGCUGAAAAACGCCCAGUAUCAUCAAAUCGAAAUCUGAAUUUCAUAUUUUGCUGCGAUUGCGUGAACAAAGCGUAAUUAACUGCCAUAUAAUGUAUGAAAGAUUGUCGAAAAAUAUCGAGGAUUUUUUUGAUAAUCACUUAUCAUGACGAAUGAAGAUGACGUGUGGAGUGAAUUAGCGAGCAUUCCCGCUGAUCCCCCUGAAACAAGAGACAAAUGUCAGCAAUGCAAGAGACCUGUGCAAGUAUGCUGGUGUCCAGGUUUACCAAAACAACGUCUCAAUCCUGCAUCAAGAAUAAUUAUUCUACAGCAUCCAGCAGAGGCAAAGCGUUGUCUACGUACAGUGCCAAUGCUUGCAUUAGCAUUGGAAUCAGGAAAGUGCCUAAUCUUCAGGGGAAAAAAGUUUCCAUUGCCUAAACACGAAGGCCUACCAGAAAUAUUAAAUGAUAAGAAUACUAUUUUAUUAUACCCAUCGCCUGGAGCUAUUGCACUUGACAAACUAGAUCCAGUUGGAAUUAAUGAACAAAAGGCAUAUAAUCUAGUUCUACUGGAUGGAACAUGGCCACAAGCAAAAGCAAUAUAUCACUCGAGCCCAGCUUUAUAUUUUCUGCGAGCUUGCAAAUUAAUUGGUGUACCUACUAGUCAGUAUGUGAUCAGGACACAACCAACAGAAGGUUGCCUUUCGACAUUGGAAACUGGUGCAAGUGCACUCUCAAUUUUAGAAGGUGAUCCAGAAUUAAAAGAAAAAAUGUUGGGUCCAUUGCAUUAUCUAUGUAGGUUUCAAUUAGAAAAUGGCGCUGUAACACACCAGAGUAAGGAAUUUCUUAUUAAACAGAAAAAUUAUCCCAAAUUAAUCGGCAAGAGACUCGCCAAACAAUUACGCAUAUUACCGGAUAAUACCUCAUAAUAUUAGGAGACUUUGAAAAAUUUCAUAUGUAUAUUAUACUGUAAUUAUUAUAUA